GUCUCUGUCUGAAAUAAGACUGAUCUUCACCGCUGCACAUUUUAUUACAGUUUAAAUUACUUCUCCUGUGGACGUGUACGUGUGCAGCAUCCACACUGUUUUCCUCCGUCGAUGUCGCAUAGUAAUGUGUACAUAUUUAAAUCUCUCGGGCUGUUUUAAUAAAUUACAAUCAGUUCCAUAGCCUUAUCUCCUCUCAGUGUUUUAGUUUUUUCUCACAAUAACUUUAACUUAAACGUUACACAAAACAUGCAGAUUUCAUAAUCCAUUCAGUAAGGUUUGUGUUAGUUACACAUUAAGUGACAAACACUUAAUGUUCAAGGGCAUUAUGCGGAUGGGGUCCCCUCUUUUGCCGUUGAUGUAAUCAUUUAGGAAUUAGUGCUAUUUAAAUUACAUAAUAACAAGUCAAUCCGGUCGGGACGGCAAUUAAUCAGGGCGGGAGUGGAUUUACAGGUGUACAUAUGAAAUGAAUUGUGAUGUUAUCAUUAUGUUUCCAACAUAAGUUAGUUAACGUGUCUUUAAUGUGGAUUUGUAGUGUGACAUUGCUCCUUUGGAAUGUACCGAACAUAAAACUCUACUACCCAUGAUGCCCUUCGUCACAUCCAUCCCCCAACUGAAAACCUUUUGGCGUGAAACUCAAAUCACGGGCGGGAGAGGAGCGAGUUAGUCGGUUAGCAAAACUGAGCCGUAAAGUUUAGGGGUUUAAACAAAAAUUAUUGUUCUAAGUUGCUUUUUGAUUAUUCCUUAAUGAUUUAAUUAGUUUUUUCGGGUCGAGGAGGAAGCGAGAAAACGAAAGAUUAAGCGGCAGCACCGGUAUCUACUAAACUUGCCGAGGAGGGACGGAAGUGAUUCAACAGUUUAAAGAUGAUCAUGAAGGGCCAGAAGCGUAAAUUCCCACCAGAGGAUGUGGAGGUUUCAGACAGGUGCAGCCCGACCUGGGAGAGCCAGCGACAGUUUGUGUUCUCAGUUUCCCUGAGCAAGUAUCAGCGUGGCCAGGAGCUACCUGAACCCAGCCUGCGGAGGUCCGUUCUGAUAGCCAACACACUGCGGCAGAUCAGCUUAGAGGCUUGCAGGGCACCCUGUGUGGAAAGGGAAAUGUCACCUUGCAGCUCUUCAUCUGCACUCCAGGGAAAAGAACGAGAGAGUGCUUUCUCUGAAGUUACUGCCGCAAAGCACCACUCUGCAGUAGGGUUUACUAACAGCCACCCAGCACUUGGCAGCUGCCCCGUGCCUUCCUCAAAUUACCUGUCAAAUUGUGCCACGAAUAGGUGUCCAGCAAGCUACCACUUGAAUACAUCAGACGUCCCACUGUCUGUAGGAGACGAAGAUGAGGACUGGGGAUCAAUGUCCACAGAUCCUGAUUUCUCCCUCUCAGCUGCCAUUUCUUCCAUUCUCACUGCGCUGGACUCUACCAUUGACGGGAGCCCACAGGCAGCUUUGCGGACGCCUCUGCGGUCCUUGGAGAACCUGUCGAGGCCCUCUGAGGGAAGCAUGGCAGGAGUAAAGCAGGGAGUCAGAGGUUAUGGGGGCAGCUGGGAGCAGCAUCAGCAGCAGGAGGAGGAGGAGGAGUGUAGGAUGCGGGAGAGCAACAUGGAGGCGAUGAGGUCCAGCUACCUCAGUGAUCUCACUGUGGAGGAUCUGUUCCAGGAUAUUGACACAUCCCUGCUGGAGAGAGACAUGGGAGUGCUUGGAUUUAGAGGCAGCGGAGGUGGAUACCCAGCUGGAGAUGACCUCCUCCGCUACCUGCCACCUUUCUCUCCCUCCUCCUCCACCUCCUCACACCCCUUCUCCCUCUCUCUCAACCAGAAUCUCAAGUGCCUGCCGUCCUUCUCCACAUUCAGCCCAUUGUCUUCUUCAUCGUGUUCUUCACCAUCUCUCUCUUUGCAACCAUCCUCCCCCUUCUCUGGUCAGAAUCAUGUGAGAGAAGGACUUGAGCUGGAGCAUCUGAUGGAGAUCCUGGUGGAGUCCUGAUAACUUCAUCAUCAUCAUACUGUGAGAAAUACACUUCAACAGGAAGUAACCCAAACAUCAUUUGCUAAAUUAAUGGACUAAAACUGAAUUCUUUAGGCAAAGAGCUGGACUGUCAAACAUGUCAAAUAUUCUCUUUGUUGUUUUUAUAUAUUGCUCAAGAAAUUGUGUAUUAUGGGCUUUAGAAAGUAGUAGGAAUGAUCUAGAAAUGUAGAAAUGGCUGAUGUCGAAGACAGAAAAUGCUCCACGAAUGCGCUAGCAAGAGGAGUAGCUGUGAUGCAUCUGGCAGCUCUUAUUUUAACAUAAAACAAAAAAGUAACUUAUGUUACAGUCAAAAAUGGAGGUUAAGUGAGAAUGAAAGCUAUGAUAAUCCUGCGUUUCUGUGAACAAUGAACUGCUGAAAACUAUUUUAUUGCAGUUUAUUUUCAGCAUGACUCAGCUAAUUGGAACUCAUGAAGGGUUGUGCCUGACUAGAGAACAGGAUUUAUUCAGCAGAUCAGAAGUUGUCAAAUGAGGAGAGAAGUUUGCAGUGGUCGCCUAAAAUUUGUCAGGUGCAUCACAGCUUCAAGUAAUCCUGCGUUCACAUUGAACAUCCUGAGUUAUCAGGAGUUAGGGAAAAAAGCAGCAGCCAGUUAUGUACUGGUGUUAAUUCAUGCAGUGGGUUAAACGUUGGGUAAAACGUUGAUGUGAAUUCUGAGAGAAUGUGAUUUGGCUGGUGUUGGAGGGAGAAGGGUUGAAACACUAAUAUUAUAGGUCAGAUCUUCUGUGAAGAAGUCCUUUAACCUCUUAUUUAUCAAGCAGUUAUAAAGGGGGCAUGAUAUCAGAUGCUAUGAAAUCAGGCAAGGAUUUUAAAACAGCAGGGACACCCAGGAAAAUGUGCUUUUAAAGUCACUGAAAACGUUUGCAUACUUAUGAUAUCAAGUGGUUCAGCCAGAAGAAGAAGAGAUCCAUAAGGACCAGUAUUUUGUUCAGUUAUGAAAAAAAAAGCAAAUUUAUCGUGUAUAAUUCUUGAAGGUUAUCUUUAACUAGGUGAUUCUUCUUUGUAUCCUUCAGUUUAUCACCAGUUAUAUUUCAGUAACCAGUAGUUGGGACGUACAGUAAGACUACAUUUCAUUUAUGUAUUUCUGUGUUAGCGAUGAAGAAAGUUACUCUUUGAAUAUUGCUCAGUGGAAAAAGCACUCAGCCAGCUCACUGCCAAAUCAUGUCCCAUCUGAAAAGAUCGAAACUAGAAUUUGUUUCCGCUGACAUAUUUCCUCUCAGAGAGUCUUGAGUGCAGCUGUGUAGCUCAGGAAACACAGUAACAUGUGGUUGGUCUGUAAUGGCUCAGUGCACAGUCCAGCUCAGACAAAGUAUUCAGUGUCUUUAAAUAGAUGACUUUAUUCAAAGAGCCUUUACAGUACUGUGAUUAUAUACAAAACUCCCUCAUGAGUUUGACUGUGACAGUGCAGAGCCACCACCAGAAGGUGUCAAAUUAUUUACAGUCAUAGCCACUAUGCAACAGCUUCUGUUGUACAGAUGUCAUAUUACUGACCAGUCCCACUGGGUGAUUAGUCUCAGCCACAUUGGCUGAUGGAGUCUGGAUGGUGCUGACUUCCACCCUGUGAACAGCUGUUCACUCAUCAGUCCGUCAGUUUCUGUUUGUUUUAGUGGAGUUCACAUGUUUUGUCUGGUUUACAUCUGAAUUAUUGCACUUUUGUUAAUAAUAUGCAUUUUAAGUCUCUGUCAUGUGAGCGUGUGGUUUAUGUUUUACUCUGUAUUUAUUUAGCAGUAACAUUACAGGUAAGAUUUGGCCAAACUGGACGUUGUUCUGUAAAUGCAUGUUUCAAAGAAAAAGGAAAGGAGUUACAGCUGUAAGUUAACCAGCUCUAGAUGUUGACCCAUCAUCUAAACUAACACAGCUAAAAUGCAUGGCAGGAGAGUCACUGAGAUAAAUUGUUUGAGGAAGCUCAUGAUGUCCAUUUGUUAGGUUUUUGUACAUUUAUAGCCUGUUUAUGGAUCAAAGUUGCUUUCUAUGCAAAGUUCCUUCCUGAACAGCAGGACAGCAGUCUCAAACUAUUUAUAAAUGGCAUAUUUUGUUGACAAGAUGAGUAAUUUAAUGUUACACCAUAUUUGACAAUUCACUAAUGGUAUAUUAAUAUACUGUCAUAGCAGUUAUUUUAUUUACUUUUAUUUUCUGUACAAAUAUUUUAAUGGUUAUGUUUUGAAAUGAAGAGCAGAAUGCUCAGAUACUAUGUGUUUAGACUUUUGUAAAGAAGGCUAAUGCUUGUUCACCUGUUUACCUAAUGUUUUUAAUAAAAUAUGUAAAUAAAAUCAUGGGCUGUA